CAUGGGUAACUUAUUCCAAGGCCUAUCUCCAAACAAAUGGCUACUCCCAUUUCCCGACUAUUCAUUCUCACGCUAAUCCUCUGUUCGUCCUGUAUUAAUUACGUGGCCCCGGCGCCGCAUCGCCACCGCCCGUUCGACGCGAUCUACGCCUUUGGCGACUCCUACACCGACACCGGCAACACCCAAUCGAACACCGGCCCGAGCGGCUUCAUGUUCGUGUCGAACAAUCCGUACGGCUCCACGUUCUUCCACCGACCCACCAACCGCUACUCCGACGGCCGCCUUGUCAUUGAUUUCGUCGCCGACGCCCUCUCCUUGCCCUUCCUCCCGCCGUACCUAAGCCGCCCGUCACCGGAGUCGAGCGUGAAUUUUGCGGUGGCGGGCGCGACGGCGAUCAUCCACAGCUUUUUCGCGAAGAACAACAUGACGCUUAACAUUACGCCGCAGUCGAUCCGGACGGAGCUCGGGUGGUUCGACCAGGUGGCGGAAGAAAGAGGGUGUCGAGACGCGGCGGCGACGGCGGCAGCGUGCCGGAAAAUGUUUGAGGAGGCGCUGAUUUGGGUGGGUGAGAUUGGGGCUAAUGAUUAUGCCUACAGCUUUGCCUCGGCGGUGCCGCCGGAGACUGUGCAGAAACUCGCCGUUAAUAGCGUCGCUACUUUUCUUCAGGCAUUAUUAGAGAAGGGCGCAAAAUACAUCGUCGUGCAAGGCCUCCCGCCCACCGGAUGCCUAACCCUAUCAUUAUAUUUAGCCCCAUCUAACGAUCGGGAUGCAAUGGGAUGUGUCGCGAGCGCUAACAAACAAAGCUACACGCACAACCUCGCUCUAAAGGCCAAACUAGAUGUUUUUAGAAAGCAAUUUCCGCAAUCCACCAUAGUCUACGCGGACUACUACAAUGCUUAUUUGGCGGUUUUGAAGAACCCUGGCAAAUAUGGAAUAAAAGAAAUUUUCAAAGUUUGUUGCGGAUACAACGGAGAUCUUUAUAACUUCAACUAUAUGUACGCUUGUGGGUCGCCUUCUGCUAGCGCAUGCGCGAACCCUUCUCAAUAUAUUAAUUGGGACGGGGUUCACCUCACCGAAGCUAUGUAUAAGGCCGUUGCGGAUGCAUUUUGGAAUGGAAGUUAUGCUCAACCAUCGAUUACUCAUCUCUUGAGCAAGAAACUUCAGUCGGGAUAGGGCGCCAUAUGGCUUCGCUCCAUCGAUUCAUUUUUUUCGACCAUUAUUGAUUAAUUGUGGGAUGAUUAGUCUUAACAUUUAUUAUAUACAAAUAAAAAUAAAAUUGUGUUCGUUUACAA